AUGGAUAUAAAUAUCAAGAUGGAAUCAUCUUCUAAGUUAGUUGUGUGUAUUUCAUCGACUGCACUCUUCGAUUGUAAUGAGUCACACACAAUAUGGAAACGUGAUGGACUCGAAGCGUACAGAAAACAUCAACGUGAACAUGCUGAUAUUCCUCUCAAACCUGGUGUUGGAUUUCCAUUAGUUCGAUCUCUAUUGGAAUUGAAUAAAGUCGUUGAUAAACCUGUAGUUGAUAUUGUUCUUGUUUCACGUAAUGAUACAGAGUUUGGAAAACGUAUCACGGAAUCUAUCAAUAAUUACAAUCUUGCUAUUAAACAAAUGUCAUUCACAUGUGGUACGGAUGUCACUAAUUAUCUUCCAGCUUGGAAAUGUGAUCUCUUCUUAUCUACAGAAGAAGAACAAGUAAGAAAAGUACUGAGUGGUAUCACUUCAGAUCCAUUUGAGGGUAUAGCAGCUGGUUUGAUAUACAAUCUGACGCCUGAAUUAUUACCUGUUCAACCUGCCGUCUUGUAA